AGUAUAAGUCGGUGUUGUCGAGUUCAAAGUACGCGAUACACCUCGCAUUAAACUAACCUAAAUUUCUUAUCUAGAAUCUUGUACUAUACAAAGUGCAGUGUCGUGACGAAAUGAUAGUUAUCUCGAGAUUCGUUACCAAAAACGGCUUCACCGUUUCUCAGGGAAGAUAUAUCGCAAGAACAUUAUCCACCGAGAAGAAAUAUGUGGAGACAACUGAAAAAAAUGGGGUCAGAACUAUUCGUUUGUGCGACUCUUCUUCCCGCAACUCCUUAUCGCUAGGGAUGCUAAAAACUUUGGUGACAGAGAUCAAGAGAGAUGAGGACAACAAGGACCUCCGGUCGAUUGUACUGAUGUCUGAACCAGGAAAGGUGUUUUCUGCCGGGCACAAUCUGAAGGAACUGACGGCUACGAACGCCAAGUCUCACAAGGAUGUGUUUGAGAUCUGUUCGGAGUUGAUGCGGGCCAUCAGUCAGAGUCCGGUGCCAGUAAUCGCAGCGGUGGACGGUUUGGCAGCAGCAGCCGGCUGUCAAUUAGUUGCGGCGUGUGAUAUCGCGGUGUGCACUGAAAGAAGUUCGUUCUCCACUCCAGGAGCGAAUGUCGGGAUAUUUUGCUCCACACCGGGUAUACCACUGGUACGCAAUGUGCCAAGGAAGAACGCAAUGUACAUGCUGUUUACUGGAUUUCCUAUAUCCGGCAAAGAAGCUUAUGAAUGCGGUCUCGUUAGUAAAGUUGUGGCGAAUGACAAGCUCGACUGUGGAAAAAUGGCUUCCAUUCCGCAGAGUGCUUUCGCAGUGUGUAAAGUUCGCUAUAACGAGGAGCAAACUGUUUCUAUGAUGAAGAAAAAAGAAAAAACUGAAGAAAAGAAGGAAAACGUAUUCAAUCCGAGGCCUCCUCUAGAGGGUUGGGAACUAAUGCCACUCAAGUACAACAGUAAACUGAUGAAUAGCAUUUGGGGCUUGUACAAUCGCUAUUCGGUGCAUAAUUUUAAGAAGAACACUGACGCCGAGAAGGGGGCCCGCGGUGGGAUGGCCGUGGCAAUCUGGGGCACCAUUUUCGAGAACCAGCCCUCAGCCAAUGCCGCCGCAUAA